CACCAUUUCCAUAAAAACACUUUACAGAUCUACACAGAAAUAUAUGCAUGUCUGCUGUACAUUAUGAAUUCCAAGAAUUUUGAGCUCUCAAGAUUUUCCAUUUGAUAGUAUUAAUGCUAUUGUUCAAACACAGAAAGCGAACCGAGGAUCGAUGGAUCAUAUUGACUGAAUUAAUUCAAGCAUAAAUACUUUGGCAUGCUGAAGCCUACAUAUCAUCAUCAGAUAACACGAAUCUCAGUAUUGAAUGAUUAACCAAACUAUUCUGAACUCGAGUUUAUUAUGGAAGACAACAAUGCCGAAGAUAUGGAGGUUGAAAUCUUGUCUUCAAUGUGGCCUGAAGACAUUGAUGCAGCUGGGAAAAAGUUUAAUGUUGAAAAACCAGGAGCCGAUCAAGAUUUAUUAGAAGAUUUGGCUUUUACAGAAGAACCAACUAUAGUUGACUUUAAACGCCUACUUGAGCUCACAAACUAUACUGAGAAAGGGUCCUCUCAAUUAUCAUAUCUUGUAAAAAACUGGGAACUGAAACAAGAAAAUGUAGUACGACUUCUAAGGGAAGAACUCGAGAAUCUAAGCAAACAACAACAUGAAGUUGAGCUCAAGAAAUUGGAAAUAUUGGAAGAACAUCAGUUUGAAGAUGAAAGAUAUGGAGGUGACAAACGCCCAGUUUCUAUACUAGAAGAAGUUUAUGACAUAUUUCAAGAUGUUCCCAAGAGACGAAAAAAUGUUAUAACUAAAGAUGAAAGAUUAGAAAUAGAGGAUGAUUAUGAUAGUGAUACAGUUAAGUUUUGGAAGCAACAGGCUUUGCAUUUUGAGAAAAUGUUAGAAGCGAGUGUCCAACGGGAGCAAGUACUGUUGGAAAAAUUGGAGGAAAGCAUUAAAAUGCUCGAGAAGCAAUCAUCACCCGUUGAAGAACUUUCGCAGAUUCUGAAAAGGGCUGAUAACUUUCUACAUUUUGUUCUUCAGAAUGCUCCAGUUGUCAUUGGCCAUCAAGAUAAAGAUUUGAGAUAUCGAUUCAUUUAUAAUCAUUUUCCAAGUUUGGGAGAGGAGGAAAUUAUUGGGAAAACAGAUACCGAAAUAUUCAAAGGUGGCGGUGUUAAGGAAUCCCAAGACUUCAAAAGGGAAGUUCUUGAAAAAGGAUUGCCAGGAAAGAGAGAAAUUACAUUUGAGACCGAAUUAUUUGGAGCUAAAACAUUCUUGAUAUACGUUGAACCCGUUUUCAGCAAAGAAGGCGAGGCGAUUGGUGUGAAUUAUAUGGGAAUGGAAAUAACCGACCAAGUAAGAAAGAGAGAAAAGAUGGCAAAGCUCCGAGAGGAAAUAGCUGUGCAGAAGGCAAGGGAGACCGAACUUAACAAAACUAUUCAUAUAACAGAGGAGACAAUGAGAGCAAAACAGAUGUUAGCAACAAUGUCACAUGAGAUAAGAUCUCCUUUAUCUGGCGUAGUUAGUAUGGCAGAGAUUCUAUCAACUACAAAGCUCGAUAAAGAUCAAAAACAACUCUUAAGUGUCAUGCUAUCUUCGGGUGAUUUAGUCCUUCAACUAAUAAAUGACAUCCUCGACCUCUCCAAAGUCGAAUCAGGUGUUAUGAAGCUUGAAGCUACAAAGUUUAGGCCUCGAGAGGUGAUCAAGCAUGUACUCCAAACCGCUGCUGCAUCACUAAAAAAGAUGCUAAUACUGGAAGGACAUGUAGCAGAUGAUGUUCCCAUUGAGGUCAUUGGAGAUGUUCUACGAAUUCGACAAAUCCUCACCAACCUAAUCAGCAAUGCUGUCAAAUUUACCCACCAAGGGAAGGUUAAGAUAAAUCUUUAUGUAAUAGCAGACCCAUCUCCCGAAGAUCAGCAAAAGCUAAAGACAGAUACAUACGAGCAGCUGCUUCCUACAGGAAGCAAUGUAUUGUUAGAUGAACACAUGGGGAACGGACCAAAAUCACAUGAAACUGUGGUGUGGAUACGCUGUGAUGUUCAGGAUACCGGAAUUGGAAUCCCAGAAACUGCGUUACCAUCAUUAUUCAAGAAAUAUAUGCAAGCUGGUGCAGAUACAGCUCGAAAAUAUGGUGGGACUGGAUUAGGUUUAGCCAUAUGCAAACAACUGGUUGAGCUUAUGGGUGGACGUCUCACGGUUUCUAGCAAAGAAAAUUGUGGAUCUACGUUCACAUUUAUUCUACCCUACAAAGUUCCCAAUGCUUGUGAAAGUUCGGAUGAAAACGAUGAGUUCCAAGAUGUGGAUGAUAAUGGAUCCAUCGAAGAUGAUGUUACUUGUGGUUUUUUCCAGUUUAGUCCACGGACUUUAGGAACUCUUUUCUCCUCUAAUGGUUCAAGCCAAACGCACAAGUUAACAGGAAAUGUAAUUGGUAACGAAAAGCUGGAUGUAUCCAGUAUUGUAGCUGAAAGUAACACUGACCAUGAUAUACAAGAUCGGUCAUUCCAUGAUCCUUGCGUCCAAAAAAACCGACCCUCGAGCAUGGAUUUGACUAGGGAGAAUUCUGGUAAAUCCUUGGGGUGCAAUUCUAGUAACUUGGAAGAAGUAUCCAAAACAUCAGCAAGACCCAAAAUCCUUCUAGUAGAAGAUCAUGUUGUGAACGUGAUGGUAGCAAAGCGGAUGAUGAAACAGCUGAAUCAAGAUAUGGAUAUUGUGAACAACGGGGUUGAAGCUGUGCGUGCUGUUCAACGUUGUGAAUAUGCUCUCAUUCUUAUGGAUGUAUGCAUGCCCGUAAUGGAUGGUCUUCAAGCCACAAGAUUGAUCCGUUCAUAUGAGAGAACUGGCAGCUGGGAUGAAGCACGGUUAGCUGCAGUUGAACUGCAGGAUCUUCCUUCUGGCAAUCAAAUAUUGAUGGAACCCAGAAAGAGAAUUCCCAUCAUUGCUAUGACUGCAAAUGCAAUGUCAGAAAGCGCAGAAGAAUGUUUCGCCAAUGGCAUGGACUCUUUCGUAACGAAACCCGUUACUCUUCAAAACUUAAAACAAUGUCUUGAACAGUAUUUGCCAUCAUAGGGAACCAUGUAAAUUUAUGGAUGUGUUUGUAUAGCUAAGUGAAUACAUUAGGGAAUUUUUGUUGGCAGGGUUCGGUCGCAAUUUUUGUCCUCAGAAUAUAAUUUUUAGAGGGUUAGAUAGACAAAUGUUUGAGCUAGAUUUUAACAAUAAAAAGUUACUACCAAGUAGUAAUUGUGAAAUUGACUGGUUGUCAAAGUCUUUGUAUGUAAUUUUUUCGAUAUGAUUUGCUAAUG